AUUGCGCGGCGUCGUCGGCGCUCUGAUCAGAUUUCUUUCGUUACUUUCGCUUACCUUUUUUUUUGUUUUUGUGUGCGUACCGCGAUCCAAACAUACACACACUAACAGACCCCCAAAUAUAUGUGUUUUAUUUGCGUGGCUUGGUGAGCGUGUAUUUACUCUGUAGUGCAUGUGUGUGUGUGGAUUAUUUUGAACGGAAGCCGAUCAAGAUUCUGCAGCAGCAUCAAACAAACAAAAAGUAAAAUACAAGAAAAUUAAAGACAAAAGAAAAAGAGUUGCGCAGCGCGCGCUCUCUGCUCGGCUCGGCAGCAGUAGAUAAAUAAAAUGGCACAGUGCUGUGAGACAACAACAGCGGCGACAAUGUCCUCACGCUUUGGUAGCGUCGCCGUCGCCGCCGCCGCUGUCAGCUCCAGUUCCAGACAGACGACGCUCCCCGCAGUUGCUGCCGCCGCCGCCUCCGCCACAGCCUCAACAACGUUGCUAUCAACAACAACAACAACAGCAGCAUCAGCAGCAGCAGCUAGCGAGCAACAACAGUUGUCCAACACUGGCAAUUCAAAGCAAAUACUUUACUUUACAGCAAGCCAAAACAACAACAGCUACAAUAACAACAACAACAACGACGGCGAGGACAGCGACAAGGACUUUGAUGAGGACACUGUAGGCACUUUACCAACAACAACAACAACAGCAACUGGAGCCAAGAAGUCAUCAAACCCUAAAUCUGUGAAUCAAGUCCGCAACUUGACAACCCCGCUCCCCCGCUCGAGCACAUUCACCACCAACUCCUCCUCCUCCACCUCCUCCUCGUCCUCAUCCACGUCCUCUUCCCCGUCCUCAUCCAAUUCGAGGGAGCUACUUUGCAGCUGCUGCAGCAGCGAUCCAACAACAGCGACAAGCGAGUCGCUGCUGCUGCAAGAGCAACUGCUGCAAAAGCAACAGCACGCCGCAGUUGCCGCCGCCUCAGCGGUGCUAGCCAAGCAUCUGGUACGCUCCGUGACCGCCACCAGCAUCAUGGACAUGCCCUAUAACACCUCGCCAUCGCUACGCGUGCGCACCACCUCAUUGAAUCAGCUGAAGAAGACCGCCGAUCUGGCGAUCGAGAAUGAGCUGCAUGUCUGUCCCUCGGUCAUGUCCGAUGAGUUGCGUAAACUCCUGCCGCCCACCUCGGAAACGGUGAUGACGAAACCCUUCCCCAUUCGGGGUGAACGCACCAUCGCGGACUGUACGACACCGCAUGUAAUUGCGAUGGUUGGGCUGCCGGCGAGGGGCAAGACAUUCAUAUCGAAGAAGUUGGCGCGUUACCUCAACUGGAUUGGGAUUGCGACACGUGUGUUCAAUUUGGGCGAGUAUCGGCGGCAUGCAACCACCGCGUACAAGUCGCACGAAUUCUUUCGCGCCGACAACGAGGAAGCGAUGGCCAUCCGGAAUCGUUGCGCCAAUCAGGCGCUUCACGAUUCCUGUGAAUGGCUGUUGAGUGGUCUCGGUAGCAUUGCGGUAUUCGAUGCCACCAACUCGACGCAUGAUCGUCGUCAGCUCAUCUAUGACAUUGUGGUUAAACAGCACGGCUUUCGUUUGUUCUUUGUCGAAUCGAUUUGCGAUGAUCCCCAGAUCAUUGAACAGAAUAUCCUCGAGGUUAAGGUCAGCUCACCCGAUUACAUCAACAUGAACACCGAACUGGUUGUACGCGAUUUCCUUCAACGCAUCGAACACUACGAGGAACGCUAUCAGCCCAUCGACGAGGUGGCCGAAUCCCAUCUCAGCUUCAUGAAGGUCUACAAUGCCGGCAAAAAGGUCGUUGUCUACAACAACGAGGGUCACGUGGAAUCGCGCAUUGUCUACUAUCUGAUGAACAUUCACAUUACGCCGCGCACCAUCUAUUUGACCCGACACGGCGAGAGUGAGCACAAUUUGAGCGGUCUGAUCGGUGGCGACUCGAAUCUCAGCUCUCGGGGACAUCAGUAUGCUCGGGCCCUCUCCUCGUUCAUAUCGCAGCAACAGAUCGACGGGCUGCGUGUGUGGACGUCGUGGAUGAAGCGGGCCAUACAAACGGUGGCGGAUGUCAAGGCGCCGCAGGAACGCUGGAAGGCAUUGAACGAGAUCGAUGCGGGACACUGCGAGGAGAUGACCUAUGAGCAGAUUAAGGAGAAAUUCCCCGAGGAAUUCAAGGCGCGCGAUGUGAACAAGUUUGCCUAUCGCUAUCCCCGUGGCGAGAGCUACGAGGAUCUUGUGGCACGUCUCGAGCCGGUUAUCAUGGAACUGGAGCGUCAGGGCAAUGUGCUGGUCGUGUCGCAUCAGGCGGUCUUGCGAUGCCUCUUCGCCUAUUUCCUGGACAAAUCGGCCGAUGAGCUGCCCUAUUUGUAUGUGCCGCUGCACACGGUCAUCAAACUGACACCGGUUGCAUACGGUUGCAAGGUGGAGCACAUUAAGUUGCCCAUCGAUGCGGUGGAUACGCAUCGCCCCAAGCCCAAAAUACCCGGUGAUGUUAGUGAGCCGGGACUCGAUGGACUCAGCGGUGAGCUGGUGGCGCCCGAUGGCGUCGGCAAGGUGCUCAUUGUGGGCGAUGAUGUGGCAACGGCAACGGCAGCGGCAACCAACGGUAACAGCGGCGGUGGCGGUGGCGGUGGCGGCGGCGGACGCGGGGAGGUGGCCCAAUGACGUUGCCUUCCUGCCGCCAAAGCAGCCAAGUCCAAGACCCUCUAAACAAAAAUCA